AUGGAGCUUGUCAACUCUGUCCGCCAGUACACCGCAAUGAUCGAGCAUUGCCCCAACAUCAUCCGUGCCAUUGUCAGCAUACAGGCAGAUGCGUUUGAUUGUGACUGUCGUCGGGUCUGCUAUUUCUGCUUCACUGAGCGACCGGAAUACUUCCCCCUCACAAGUCGCGAAGCAUACAAGCUCUUCACCCUCAAUGGAAAGCCACAGAGUAACGAUAAAACCUCCCGCAAACUGUUCAAGUUGGCGAAACCACCGAGCGUUCUCAGCUUGCCCGGGCGGUACUGUCAUGCUUGGACUACGAGGGGAGGGAUUUUGCAGUCGAGGCGACUUCGACUCUACGAUCGCCCGGCGGUGGCCCAAAGUCUGACAGGCAGCGGUCUUCCACAGUCAGACAAAACCACCAGGGAACCUAAGCGAUUCAUGGCCAUCAUCUCCGCACCAGUUCUGCUCAAUGGUGGCCGGCAGGUCGACCGAGGGUUUUUCUGCCUUGGCUGCAGGGACGAGACAAAUGCGAAAACCAAGCACUUCAGAAUCAAAUACACGACGGAGGACCUGUCAGGGCACAUUUCGAACUAUGGACGAGUAGUGGAGAGGAUGCCGAAGGGCUACAGCAGGUUCAUGCACGCUACGAAGGACUAG